AGGAGAUGCAGAUAAGCUCAGAGAUUAAGGGUGGAAGGUGGAUGGAAGCCAUUAUGGUGACCAGCUUGAUCAGCGUUCAAUUGAGCUUGGCCUUCUACACUGUCUUUAUCUCCAGGUUCCUCGCCGGCGGCCUCCAACCGCUCUUCCUUGUUGCCGCCAGUAGCUUCCUCAGUGCCUUUCUUCUCCUCCCCUUAGCUAUUCUCUUUGAAAGGAAAAAUUGGCCAGAGAAAAUAGGACUCUAUUUGACUAUUCGGUUUGCUCUAAUCGCAGUUGGAGGGACACCUUUGUACCAAGUCCUCUUGCUCAUAGGAGUAAAGAAGACAACCCCAGCAGUCGCCACAGCUAUGCCUAACUUAGCUCCAGGACUCAUCUUCUUCAUUGCUUCUUGUCUAAGGAUUGAGAAAUUUGAUAUUAAGUGCAAGCAUACAAGAUAUAAGGUGAUGGGGACUCUGAUGUGCUUGAGUGGAGCCAUGGCCAUGAGCUUCAUGCAGGCAGAUUCUGUAAACUUACCAGCAGAAUCACCUAAUUUAAGAUCAAUAUUGUUCAUGGGAGCUAAUUUGAGCAGUAUUGAUACCACCUCUAAUGACUGGAUUAUUGGUUGCCUCUAUCUCCUUGCAGCUGUUGUGGUUCUUUCUUGUGUCAUGAUUUUACAGGCUACAACAAUGGCCGAUUUUCCUGCACCGAUUUCUCUCGGUGCUAUAUCUGGCAUAUUAGGCUCUUUUUUUUCUGUAAUAUUUCAGUAUAUCUUGCAAGGCAAUAUAAGCACUGGAGCUGCUAGCCUCGGCAUCACAAGCAUUAUCGCUGCUGUGUUAGCGGGAGGAUCAGUGUCAUUUCUGACUGCUACAAUAGUAACAAUGUGUGUUCAUAAAAAAGGACCAGUUUUUGUUUCAGCCUUCAAUCCCACACAAACAGUCUGUGCAGCAGUUCUUUCAGCAGUAAUACUGAAGCAGUUCAUCAGUCUUGGGAGCUUAAUCGGUAUGGGACUCUUGUUUGCUGGUUUGUACAUUUUCUUGUUGGCAAAGAUGAAGGAAGCUGAUAUGGAGGAGGUGACAAAGGUGCUCCCAGAUGAAGAGAGAGCUCUUCUCUUUUAG